CAAGGCGACAAAAGUCCCUACAUCGUCGUUAAGUGCUUCUCUGUUCUUUCUUUCUUUCUCUCUGGCACCCACCACAUACUUUACCCUCUCCAUCAGAAGAUCUCAUCACCCACUUCAAACCCUAUAACAUCAUUCUCUAAAGCUUGCUUCUUUAAUGGCGAGCUUCAUUUUCUCCAUGUCAUUCCUCGUUCUCCUCCUGCCUUUAACCUCACUCUUCUCCAGAAUCCCCAUAUCUGAAGCUACAUCAUCCUUCUCCUUCACAAGCUUCGAUAAAAACGCGAGCUUUCAGUCCGACGACAUAGCCCUCUACGGCGACGCAAAGCUCGUAGACAGUGGAGCUUCGAUUCAGCUGACUAACUCAGUGAGUCGCAUCGACGGUGGAGUCGUUUACAAGAAACCCAUUGAGUGCAAAGACACUAAAGACGACUUCUUCACGGGUUUCUCUACGGUCUUCUCUUUCUCCAUGUCUCCCGGUCGUGGCGGGAGUGUAGGUUUUGUCUUGUUUCCUUCUAACGGAACACUUGAUCACUCUUUCUUCGAAGUCAAGUUCGAUAUUUCUGAUAAUUUCACCAAGUUUAGAGAAUCCAACGUCACGGUUGGUGUAUAUGGUUCUACGGUUCCUGAGAAGACGAGCAAUCUCACGAUUGUUAACUUGGAGGAGGAGGAGGAGGAGGAGAUGUUGAUGUACGUCUGGAUUACUUACCAAGCGAAUAUCAGGUAUGUAGAUGCUUCGUUAACCAAAUCAAAACACUAUAAAUAUCCAAAGACUCGGUUCAGUUCUCGGAUUGAUUCUUUGAAAGACGAGGACGAGUUCAUGGUCGGUGUUAAGUCGUAUAGCGGGAGCUUUAACCUCUAUUCUUGGAGAUUACAAGCGGGACACUUCUCCAGGAGUAUACACUCGUACGCUGCGCUUCUUGAGUCUAAGCGUAGGUGGGAGGAGGAGGUGGAGAAGAGGAGAAGAGAGAAGAUGUGGGGGACUGUGACUUGCUUCGUCAUGACCUUUGGAUCUAUAGGGCUUGUGUUCUUCGCUAUGAUGCGUGUAUGGGCAGCUUUCAAAAGGAACUAUCUUACGGUGGUGGUGGUGCCUGAGGAGUGUGGGCAGAAGAGUAAGGAGUACGAGAAGAUGGAGAAAGUUGAAGUUGUGACGAGUAAAGCUGAGGCGCAACAAGGAAAGUGAAGUAAAGUAAAAGCUGGUGGUGUUUGUGCGUUUAGAAUAUUUAUGUAAUAAAGUAGAUUUCUUCAAGUGUAAUGGUGACUUGUAAUACAUAAGGUUUGGCGUCAUGUGUGUAAGCUUUGCAGCACUGUUACUCUUUGGCAUGUAAAAUCCACCGCAAAAGAUAAAUUAUUAGAAUCCACAGUAAGCUUCAGAACUUACUGGUUUCUUGUC